AGGUACCCCCAUUGUACAUUUCAAUCUUUGUCCCACUGUACAUUGAAAGCCUUUAUUCACAUACAGUGCAAUGAACGUUUCAGUAGAGUUAGGGAAUAUGUGUGGUCAGCCCAUUCUGCUCUCAUCCAGCACAGAAGACCCAAUAACAUUCAGCAAUGGGCUCCACUUGAAAAUACAGUUAUGCAGAUUGCUUCCUUUGAUAAUUUCCCAUCAGCUUUGGAUAAGGAAGACUCAGAUUGUCCAAAGAAAUGGGAGACUGGUCCAUUCUUGGCCGCUUCCUAACAGAGGUUCAAAACCACUCCACGGUCAUCGGUAAGAUAUGGCUGACAAUGCUGCUCAUCUUCCGCAUCCUGCUCGUGGCCCUGGUGGGCGAUGCCGUCUACAGCGACGAGCAGUCCAAGUUCACCUGCAACACCCUGCAGCCGGGAUGCAAUAAUGUGUGCUACGACACCUUUGCUCCCGUCUCACACUUGCGCUUUUGGGUCUUCCAGAUAGUUCUCGUAUCCACACCUUCUAUUUUCUACAUUGUCUACGUCCUGCAAAAGAUUACCAAGAAUGAAAAGGUCGAGGUCAAGGAGGUUGAGGUGGUUCCCAGGUCCUCCUCUGCACUUGAGAGGGAAAACCGUAUGGAGACCGGCGUCCCUUAUAGCACAGUCUGUAACAGCGAGGCCUGGGGUGAGUGUGAGGAGAAGAGCCCGUCCGACGAGGACAUGAAAGUGGUAGGGAAGGACCCAACCCAGCUCUCCAGCCAAGUGCUCCUUAUCUACAUCAUACACGUUUUGCUGCGCUCCAUCAUGGAGAUAAUCUUCCUCAUUGGGCAGUACUACCUAUUUGGAUUUGAAGUCCCACACCUUUUCCGCUGUGAAACCUACCCCUGUCCAAACCGGACGGACUGCUUUGUGUCCCGAGCGACAGAAAAGACCAUCUUUCUCAACUUCAUGUUCAGUGUCAGUCUCGGUUGCUUCAUCUUGAACAUUGUGGAGCUACAUUAUCUGGGCUGGAUUUACAUUUUCCGAGUCCUGUUCUCUGCGUGCUGCACGUGCUGCGACUCGAACAGGGACCCCGUGCAGGUGGAACUGUAUUCCGACAACAACCCGCUGUUGCUUGAGCUCAAGCACUCUCUCCGGGGCAGGGUCGUCCUGCAGACCACACCUACCAUGCCGUGCGACAAGAACAGCGGUGUCCCGAACCAGGCCCCAGCCAUCUCCUUCGAGACAGACUCGACCCUGGAGUGCACGUCGAAGAGGAAUGUCGACGAAAAGGAGCGCGCCAAAACCAGACAGCACAAUAUGGCAAAAAUAGGAAGAAGCAAAAAGUCAUGGCUGUAAAGCUACAUUAUUAUUUUUGUGUUAUAUCGCCAUUGACUGCACUUGUGUUGAGUUCAGUUGAAAUCUUUUCAAGCUGGAUCACUUUGAAGAGGCUAAACCAUUAAAAUGAGUGAUUAUUAAAGGUUGUGCGAUUAGUCAAGCGAUUUAAGUACAACAGACUCAGUAUAUUUGUUUCUAGCCCCAGUAGAUUUGAACUCUGCUAGGGUGUACGUAGCAUUAAUUGGCUGGGAUUUUUGAAUUUGAUUUUUGGAGGUGUUGCAAUUGUGUAAAAUUCUUGGUUUAUCAAUUAAGAUUUACUGUAGUGGGACGCACCAAUGUAAAAAUGUAUUGCAGCAUUUAAUGAAAGUUUUUUUCUGUAAAUAUAG